AUGAACUUUGAAGAAGCUGAGGAUAUCAACGGGGUGAGAUUUGCCUGGAAUGCAUUUCCCUCAACCAAAGCCGAGUCCAACAAGAUUGUGGUGCCCACGGGAGCGUUGUAUACGCCCUUGAAGCAGCGUGAGGACUUGCCCAUUGCCGCGUACGACCCCGUCUACUGCUCGAACCAGAGCUGCAAGUCGAUCUUGAACCCUUACUGUGCCGUAGACCCCAAUGGGUUCUGGCGCUGCCCCUUGUGCCAGGGGCGCAACUCGUUGCCGGCGCAUUACCACGGGAUCAACCCCGAGAACUUGCCGUUGGAGUUGCAGAACACGAGCUCGACCGUCGAGUACAUCACGGCGAGACCGGUGCAGAACCCGCCCAUCUUUGUGUUUGUCAUUGACUUGUGCCAGGAUGAAGAGAAUUUGAAGGCGUUGAUUGAGGACGUCAUUGUCAGUUUCAACCACUUGCCCCCGAAUGCCCUCGUGGGGUUGAUCACUUUUGGCACGAUGGUGCAGGUGCAUGACUUGGGCUCGGAAAAGAUUAACAAGAGUUUUAUCUUUAGAGGCGAUAAGGAGUACAGCGAUAAGCAGAUUAGCGAGAUGUUGAAUCGCCCCAUUGCGCCCCUCUUGAACCAACAGGGCCAGCAGGCGACGAUGAUGAACCAGCACCAGGCUAACUCGUUGACGAGGUUCUUUUUGCCGUUGGAAGACGUUGAGUUUCAGUUGACUUCGCUCUUGGAGAAUUUGAACAGAGACCCCUGGGCCGUGGCUAAUGGUGCGAGACCGUUGAGGUCGACGGGCAGUGCGUUGAAUGUCGCUAUUUCGUUGUUGGGGUUGACCUUCCCGGGAUUUGGCGCGAGAGUGAUGUUGUUUGCCGCAGGCCCUGGCACGUUGAACCCCGGUUUGAUUGUGGGGAACCAGUUGAAGGAGCCUAUUCGCUCGCAUUCUGAUAUUGACAAGGAUAACGCCAAGCAUUUUAAGAAGGCCGGUAAGUUUUACGAUGCGUUGGCGGCGAAAGCAAUGAAGAAUUGCCACACGGUUGACAUUUUUGCUGGUUGUUACGACCAGAUUGGGUUAUUGGAGAUGAAGAACUUGUGUAAUAACACCGGUGGUACCAUGUUGUUGAGUGAUGCUUUCACCACCUCGAUUUUCAAACGGUCGUUUUUGAGAUUGUUCAACAAGGACGAAGAAGGGUACUUGUUGAUGGGAUUCAAUGGCAGUUUUGAGAUUAGAACCUCGAAAGAGUUGAAAGUUAGUGGCUUGAUUGGUAAUGCUUCGAGUUUGAAUGUCAAGACUUCGAAUGUUUCCGAAAACGAGUUGGGUGUUGGUGGCACUUCUCACUAUAGAUUAUGUGCCACGUCGCCACGUCACACGUAUGCCGUGUUUUUCGACGUUGCCAAUACUCAACAGUUGCCACCGACUGCCCAGAGCUAUAUCCAGUUUAUCACCCAUUACCAACACUCGAGCGGAAGCUAUAGAAUUAGGGUGACCACCGUGUCAAACUACUUGACCAGUGACGAGCAAUCGCUCACAAACUCGUUUGAUCAAGAAGCUGCCGCCGUGAUUAUGGCCCGAGUGACGCUUUUCAAGUCGGAGCAAGACGACGGCGCCGACGUCUUGAGAUGGGUCGACCGUAUGCUUAUUAGAUUGUGUCAGAAAUUUGCCGAUUACCGUAAAGACCAAGAGGAGAGUUUCAGAUUGGGACCCCAGUUUCAAUUAUAUCCACAGUUCAUCUACUAUUUGCGGAGAUCGCAGUUUUUGCAAGUGUUCAACAACUCGCCCGAUGAAACGGCUUUUUACAGACACGUGUUGCUCAAUGAGGACACCAACAACUCGUUGAUUAUGAUUCAACCCACGUUGACCUCAUUCACCUUGGACGGCGAGCCGGAAGCGGUGUUGUUGGACUCGGUCUCCAUCAAGGACGACCGUGUUUUGCUCUUGGAUACAUUUUUCCACAUUUUGAUCUUCCACGGCAAAACCAUCUCGGCGUGGCGCAAGGCCAAUUACCAAGAACAAGAGGAAUACGCCAACUUCAAGCAGUUGUUGGAUGAGCCCAAGCAGGAGGCCGCAGAGUUGUUAGCUGACCGUUACCCCUUGCCUCGAUUCAUUGACACCGAGGAAGGGGGCUCGCAAGCGAGAUUCUUGUACUCCAAGUUGAACCCUAGUGUCACGUACAACACCAACGAGAUGAUUGGCGGUGGCUUGAUGGGCGGUGCUGCUGGAGGUGCCAUUGUCUUGACUGAUGAUGUCAGCUUGCAGGUAUUUAUGAGCCAUUUGCAGAAGUUGGUUGUGAGCGGCUCGAGCUGA